UGACAAAAUGGAACCCACCAGCAGUGUGAGGAGACCUGAAAGUGGCACAUGGCAGAGUGUGGCGAUGGAGACAGCAGCAAUGGGAGGCCGUACAGGGACCCAUGACACACUCUGGACCUGGCAGCAGCAUGAGGAGGAGGCGGUACAGGGGCCCAUGACAGAUUACGGGCCUGGCAGCAGCAUGAGGAGUCGGUAAAGGGGGCCCAGCACCCUAUCACAAAAUGGAACCCACCAACAGUGUAAGGAGACCUGAAAGUGGCACAUGGCAGAGUCUGGCGAUGAAGUCAGCAGCAAUGGGAGGCCGUACAGGGACCCAUGACACACUCUGGACCUGGCAGCAGCAAGA